GUUUUCAAUAGUUCGUUUUUCUUCACCUUUUUUUUUUUUUUUUUUUAUAUUUCGUUCUGUUUCUGUACUCAGAAAACAGUGUCUAUGUGUUUUCAGUGCUGUUGGGGUAAAAUUAAAAGAGAGUAAGAGGUGCGAUUGUGUGUUGACAACUUGUAUCCACAACCAGCUAGAAAUCGUGCGACUACUAAUCUCAGGACUACCCUCCUACGUAGACCUUCAGGCUUCAUAAUUGAUUUUAUCAUCAUCGUUAACGAACCCUUUUUCACCAUCCAUAUCUCGUUCAAUCAUUAUUCUGUAACGAGACUUCAAGCGGACCCUAACUAAAACUACUGAACAACAUCUGUUUGUCAAGAAGAACUGCUUCCGAACCCGUUCCCGGUUUCAUCAGUGUCAAUGGAACCUCCCCGGAGUCCUACCCGGGCAGGCCUGACACCCGGUGGGCUCGUGCUCUCUCCUGGGGUGCAUCCAGGUCUAGGGCCCGCAGGCCUUUCCCCGGGCCUGAGCGUUAACGGAGUGAACCUGGCCAACGUGAACGCAAUGAUGUGCGCGGCCCUACAGGGGUCCGCCGCGCAGCUGGCCCUCGCGGCCCUAAACGCCCACUCGCAUACGACGACGACAACGCCCCCUUUAGCGCCCGCCUCGCCGCCCAGCGCGGCCCCCGGGGCCCCUAGCGGGGGCUCAGCCGGGGGCCUAACCCAGCCGCCUUCGCAACAGACGCCGUUAAGGCAAAGUACUAACAGUAACAAUAACAACAACAGCAACAACAGUAACAAUAAUAGCAACGCAAGCAAUAACGGCGGAAGCAGCACCGGCUCAGUACCAAGCGGCACGCCGAGUGCGCCCGGCUCGCCUGGCUCACGAGGCUCCCCGGCCUCCGCUGGCCUGCCAACGCUCAAUUUCUCGGUGUCACAAGUGGCAGCGGUGUGCGAAACGCUGGAGGAGAGUGGCGAUCUCGAACGCCUAGCUCGAUUCCUCUGGUCGCUGCCCGUCGCGCAUCCGAACUGCGCCGAACUGCAGCGAGACGAGGCGGUCCUGCGCGCCCGAGCGCUCGUUGCCUUCCAUGCGGGCAAUUUCCGCGAACUGUACGCGAUCCUCGAGAGCCACCGCUUCACCAAGUCGUCGCACGCGAAGCUGCAGGCAAUGUGGCUAGAGGCACAUUACCAGGAAGCAGAGAAGCUGCGCGGCAGGCCCCUGGGGCCCGUGGACAAGUACCGCGUGCGCAAGAAGUUCCCACUGCCGCGCACAAUCUGGGACGGGGAGCAGAAAACGCACUGCUUCAAGGAGCGUACGCGCAGCCUCUUGCGCGAAUGGUACCUCCAGGACCCGUACCCAAAUCCCGGCAAGAAACGGGAGCUGGCGCAAGCCACCGGUCUAACCCCCACUCAGGUCGGCAACUGGUUCAAGAACCGAAGACAACGAGACCGAGCAGCCGCAGCUAAGAACAGACUACUCCAGCAGCAGAUCUCGCAACAUCAAAUCAACUCUCUACCCGGUGGUCCGGGUUCGAGGUCGUCGAAUGGGCUGAAUAAAAGAUCGCCGGCGGAAUCCCUCGGCCUGCCCGGCGCAACCUCUCUCGCGGACGAUGCUUUAUCUUCUUGCGAGGGCGACGGUUCGAUGGACGAUGCAACGUCGCGGCCAACAUCGCCGUGCGGAGCGCUAAGCAGCUCGAGCGGGUCGCCCGCCCCGUCCCGCAGCCCUAGCCCGAAUCCAGGCGGAGGGCCUCCGAUCACCUGACGGUCCGGGAGCCCUGCGUCGGCUGCGCAGGGUCUUCCCGCCUCUGGGCCUGCUGCCACCCAUCCCGGCCUGUCUCUGCCGAGUUCAUUGUCCUCCCUAUCGGGUCAGCCUCUUGGCCUCCCAUUCGCACCUACGCCCCGCUUCCCAUCGGGCCUGUCACCCUUCGGGGCGGUCACAGCCCCAAACCCGUCAGAGGCGUCCUCGCUUGUUCCGUCGUUCGAGCAAUAUCUGCAAUACCUCUUCAUGCAACUGCCGCCGCCACCCGGCGGUAUGCCAGUCCCGUCCGCAAUGCCCCCCGGCACUGUACACCCUGUGACGGCAGCAGCGACCAGCCUCAACGCGGCAGUCGCUGUCAACGGCCACAGCCUGCAUGGCCUUCCCGCGCCCAAAUUCCUGCCCAGCUCACUCUCGAUCACGCCCGUCAACCACGGCGGUCCGCUAUCGGGACUACCAAACAAAACGGAAUACAAGACAGAAUCGUCGGAUGUGCAUUCGCCAGACUCGACAAACCCUCCACAGACGACCGUCCUGCCCUCGGAAACUACCAAAGUGGAGGACACUGAAACGAUUGUGCAAUAGAACUUAAUCGAAGCAAUGAGUAUGAGACAAACGCGGCUGCGAAAUGCUGUAACAUGAGAGAUAUGAAAAAGAGAAAACAUGUGCUACGAAGUUGGACUACUAAGUUUCUGGCCAAAAAGGAUUCCAUGCAACUCGGGCAGUGAGGCCCGGUUCAGCUUAUUUAACCCAUCUCAUUACUCUCGUUUUUGUCACACAUUCUCGUUUCGACAUAUGUAUAAAUAUCGGCUUCUCCAGUAGUGUGUUUCUGUUUUCAAGGACAUAAACACACAUACGUAAUGAUUAAUAAGUGGCUCGAAAUAAUAAUAAAACGAAUUAAAAUAGGGUGGACUUUAUAUAGAAUCGAUUAGACGACGCCGCAUUUCAUUGCAACGUGUUCGCGUGCCACAUAGAGAGCUAGUAGGGCAUGCCGCGAGUGGCCAGUAUGUAAACAGAAGCCUUCUUCCACUCACCGUUCGCUCCGCUAUACAAUGGAUACCAGCGCGAAUGUGAUGUACGAACGCCAAAGAAAGAAUUUGACGAACUGGACCCAUCUGGCGUAUAGACUUUCUCUAUCAAAGAAGGGGGCAUCGUUGAAUGAAGGCCGAAAAAAACCUAUGAGACCGGGGAAAAGUGAUGGGCAAGAUGUUUAGAUGGCCUCCGGGGCUUCCUUGUAAACAACGUCCAUUUCACUGGUCAGCAGUCCACGGACGGUCUCCGAAAAAUCUACGAUUUCACGACAACAAGUCCUCUGCCAGUGCACAACCUAUCCUUGCGUGUUACGUGGAAGGCUGUAAGAGCUUCGACAGCCGCCGAACAGAAAUGAAGUGCCGCUUGGGUAACUCUUUGAUAAGAACAAUAUGGAGCAACAAAAGUAGUCGACAUGAUGUGGAGCGUUAUCCAGUUUAGCACCGAAUAACGACACACUUUCGUUGAUAAUGAAUCCACCACGACGUACACAAAGAUCCUGUUGGCAAGAGGGACUCAAGUUCGGAGCGCCUCCCUUUAUCAUAACAUUAUUAUUAAGUAAUACAAGGGAAACGCGUGAUCAAGCCACACCAAUGUAAAUAUCCUGUAGCAUAUUCUUAUGGAGUACUUCAAUGAUUGGUCAAUCAUUAAUUGGUAAUAUAUAUAUAUGUGUGUGUGUGUGUGUAUUGUAUCAUGGCUAUUAUGAUACAAAGAAUUGUGCUUAUUACAUUACAAGCUAUAUGGAGACAAAUAUAUUAAACGAUGAUAAAAUAUAAUGAGUGAUGGUGAUGAUGCCAAUACAUAUAUAUAUAUAUAUAUAAAGUGAAUAAAAUGGCCACAUCUCUGGUUUUACUUUCUAGUCGCAUAAUCUUUAAAUGGCUCGCAUGGGCACUUUUCACAGGAAGUAACCAUCUGCAUAUAAAUACACACAAAGAAAGAUGAGAAUACAUUAUUAUAUGAAAAGUCGAAGUGGAAACACGAAAUCAAGUAAGCAAAACACACACGCUUGGACAAAGCAUAUAAUGCAUUAUGUGUAUAUAUACAUAUAUAUACACACACACGUAUUCUAGUUGUACAUAUCAGGUCUCAACAUCAUGCGAAGAAAAAAUGUUGAGUGGACUUGAGCGAUUGGGUGUGCAAAGCAGACGACGGACGCCGGACACGGAGACGAAAAAAUUCAGGCACUCUUCAACCCGUUAUGCAUCCAAACAUUCAUUCAAACAUUCACAUAUGGUAUACUAUGAGAGUAUCGAUUAUCGAUGUUUGUGAGCACGGCAACCCUAGCCAGUCCCUCGGGGGUUCAUCUAUGAGCGCUCGCAGGUGUCAUCGGGCUCGUUGGAUGCGCCACCAACGUGUAUGUACACAUGCAAUAAAAGCGCGCCCUUUUUUGAAAAAAAAAAAGGUCUUUGUCACAGAAGAGUUGGAUGAUGAGAAAAGGGAACGACAUAUGAUUAUAAUAGUAAUAAUAAUAAUGAUAAGUGAACUAGGCAAGGGAUAGGUGGAAUUAGAAGCAUUUUCUAUGGUGGUGUAUAACCAACCAUCUUUUUCCCUCAUACACACAACAAGUAACAGUAAUAUGAAGAAACGAAACUCAGCGUUAGAAAAGGCAGCAGAUGGACAGACGGCUGAACGAUAGGAUGACAAUUAACUAUGGGACGGAAGACAGACUCAACUGAACAAUGAUAAUAAAAAAUAAUGCAAAGGAAAAUAAUUAUGAUUGCGAUGAUGAUGAUGAUGAUGAUGAUGAUGAUGAUAAUAAUAAAACCUGAUUGCGAGCCCCUCUCCGCACUUUUAACAAACGAGUUAAGUUUAAGUUGUGAAGAACCAGACAGAUAAACAGGCCGACCAUAAUAAUAAGCUCACCGUCAUUAACACGAGCGCAUGUAAAGGAAAUCACCCUGUUACAGUGUUAACGAAAAAGAUGAUGAGGAAGAGACAUCUCCAUAAUUCUAAAUCAUGGUAUUACCAAUCACAAGUUCUCCCAUUUACUUAAUUCAAUCACACGACACGAAGUAGUGUAUAAUAACUAAUUAAGUAUAAUGAUAUUAAUAAUUAUAAUCCUUAAUAGUGACGGAUGUAUAACGAGAUAAUUACUAUUAUAAAUACACAUCAAUUUAUUUACAUACACACACAUACACGCUGUACGUAAUAAGAAAGAGAUAUCAUUAUAAUAAAUAGCAACGUAUUCUGACGGAGCGGGGAAGCGAAAAUCACACGUGUAGGUUAUUAUUAUUAUUAUUAUUAUUCUAUUCCAAUUUACACCGGUAUACAUUCGCCGCCAAUAGGACUAUGUGCUAUCAGGGAAGUGGAGCAAAGACUCUGACGACGCACACGAGGCGGCCAUUUCGAAAAAAAAAAAGGACGAAAGGAAGAAGGAGAGAGGGUCACGGAUGG